GGGAGUUUGGGGCGGGGGCUCUGGGCGGGCUGGGGCUCAGUAGGGCGGGGUCUGGGGGGCGGGCCGGACGCACUGGAGUGAGAGCCGGCAUGGGCGAGGCGGAGUGAGUUGCGCAGCGGCCAGGGGCUGCUGGCUAGGCGGAGCUCAGCAUGGCCCCGACUCCGAGGCUGCUACUGCUCUUGUGCGCCCUGCAACAGGCAAGCGGCCACGGGAAGCCGACGUGGGCCGCCCAGCGGGUGCCCGCCGUGCUGCCCCAGGCCACCCUGCCCCUGGCGCCGCCGGCCUUCGCGGCUGAGGCCCGGCUAGAGGUGCUGUCGCCGUGCGGGCCGCAGUGUCACCGGGGCAGCCCACCGCCCGGCCCCGAGCAGCUGGCGCAGUACCUGUCCUACGAGACGCUGUAUGCAAACGGCCGGCGCACCGAGACCAGGGUGGGCGUGUUCGCGCCGGACCUGGGCGGGGCCGGAGCCAAGGCCGAGGCCACCGUGAGGGCCCCCGGCGGGGCCAGGGUCCGUGCCCGGCGGCAGAUCUAUGGCCACGACAGCCGCUUCAGCAUCUCGGGCGCGGCCUUCCUGCUGCGCUACCCCUUCUCCACGUCGGUCAAGCUGUCCACCGGCUGCACCGGGACGCUGGUGUCCGAGCGCCACGUGCUCACGGCGGCCCACUGUAUCCACGACGGCCAGACCUACGUCAAGGGCACCCAGAAGCUGCGGGUGGGCUUCCUGAGCCCGCGGGUGAAGGAAGGCGGCCGGGGCGCCAACACCUCGGGCCCGGGCCGGCCCCCCCAGACGCGCUUCCAGUGGAUCCGGGUGAAGCGCACGCACGUGCCCAAGGGCUGGAUCAAGGGCAGCGCCAACGACAUCGGCAUGGACUACGACUACGCGCUGCUGGAGCUGCGCAAGCCGCACCGCCGCGCCUUCAUGGAGCUGGGCGUGAGCCCGCCCGCGCGCAGGCUGCCUGGGGGCCGCAUCCACUUCUCAGGCUACGACAACGACCGGCCGGGGGCGCUGGUGUACCGCUUCUGCGACGUGCGCGACGAAACCCGUGACCUGCUGUACCAACGCUGCGACGCGCAGCCGGGUGCCAGCGGCUCCGGCGUCUACGUGCGCAUGUGGCGGCGGCCGCAGCGGCGCUGGCAGCGCAAGGUCAUCGGCGUCUUCUCCGGCCACCAGUGGGUGGACGUCAAUGGGGCGCCCCAGGACUUCAACGUGGCUGUGAGGAUCACCCCGCUCAAGUAUGCCCAGAUCUGCUACUGGAUCAAGGGGAACUACCUGGACUGCAGGGAGGGCUGACUCGCCGCCACCCCACAGGGCUCACUGGAGGACUUCCGUGCAGCUGCUCUGAGAGAGGCUUCCUUUUGUCACACUGGGUGUGUGCGUAUGCGUGUGUGAGCGUAGGUUCGAGACAUCAUGUCUUCUACUUGCUUGCUUUUAUUUUUUUUGCCACCAGUGUAAUCACAGGGGCUCAGUGCCUGCAUUCCUCCAACACUCCAGGUGGUCUUUUUCUUUUUUUCCUUUCCUCCAGAUAAUGAGACAGAGAGACACACAGAAGAGAGACACCACAGCACUGCCCCACUAGCUGCCUGCAUGAGGUGGUCCAGGCCAAACCCAGGUGCUUGGCAUAUGGUACCAUGUGCACUCACCUGGGUGAGCCCCCUGGCAACCUCUUUACCUGGUCCUUUUAACUGCAUGCUGACUGGCAGGAUCCUUUCACUGCUGGUUUGUGUGUCAUAUUUCUUGUGCAGCCUGAUGGCAGGUGUGUACCUAGAAAUCAAAGAAGCCAAUCUUUCACUUUUGAGGAAGUCUGACUUUGCUUUCAUCUGAACUCAUAUCAAGAUUGAGAUCAAAUACAUGGCCUGCUGAACCUACAGAUUCUUAGUGUGUGUGUGUGUGUGUGUGUGUACACAUGCACACAUUUCUUCCUGAGAUUUUUGUUGUUGUUUGUUUGUUUUUUGUAAUGCCUAGUCAGUCCAUCAUGUUUCUGAGUGUCAGUGUUCCCACCCCCACACAAUUCGUGUAAUUAUCACAGCCCUCCUAGGCAGGCAGUCACCAUGUUUUGGAUAUUGGGGGUGGAGGGGGAUGGAAUCCCAUCCACUUAGCAGUCCCUGAUUAGUCCAGUGAUUCCUUAAUUCUAACUUUGGUUACUGUAAUUCUGACUCCCAGAAAAUCAGUGCUUGUUUAGACACAGCCAUUUCUCCUGUUUGAGGGAGAUAUGCCUCUGCCAAUCUGUAGCCUCCAUCUCCUCACCCCCAAGGCGAGCAGGCUUCUCAUGUCCCGGCCUAAACAAUGCACGAGAACAGGUCAUCCUGCUACCCAGCUCAUAGUUGUGGUCACACUCGGAACAAUCACAGCAUUUUAACACCCCCUGACCUUCCCUUGAGAACAGACUUCGUGUUUUAUCACUUGGCUGAAGUUGUUUCAAAGGAAUUAAAUUCCAGAGAACACUGAGAGCUUUGCUGGACAGAUGUCCCCACAGAAUGACCCCUUGUUUGCCUGUGGCCACACAGGCUGGGUCAAAACUAUUCCACAGCUUGCAGUAUGCUUUGGGAAGUAGUAGGGGGCUGUGUGCUUCUUCAGUAGGGAGGAUCUUUUAUUUUUUUUAGUGCAUUCAUCUGGUAGGUGAAUAUGAUGGAAUAGCCAGUCUGACUUUCAUUCUCCUCCUUCCAGAAGGGCCUCUUAUUCUCCUGAGACUCACCAGGUUGUUGAAUGCUAGAGACUGCAAACACCCCAAACUUGGCCAGUGGGGAAAUGGCAAUGAAUCUAGUUCACAUGCCCCAGUGAAUAUCUUUGUUGGAGCACUCCACAGUGUGCAAAAGAAAAGUCUGGCUUAUUUAAGGUUUUUUUAUUAUUAUUAUUUCAACCAGCAUUAUUGCUGAGGCUCAGUGCCUGCACCAGUCACCCACUCCUGGUGACAUUUCUUUUAUAUAUGGAGAGAAACAAACACAGAGAGAGGAGAGACACCUGCAGCACUAUUUCACUGCUCUUAAGGCUUCCCUGUGCAGAUAGGAAACACUGGGGCUUCAAACCUGGGGCUGCAUUUGUGAUUGGCAUGUGUACACUUAAGAUUUUAUCCUGUGAUUCUCUGAACACUUCUUUCUAUAUUCCUCAGUAGAAGGGGGAAAAAAAAAAGCAAAUGGAUUGCAACGCAUCAAUCGACUGUCAUGCUUGGUGCUUGUUCCCGGGGUAAUUUCCAUCUGUAAGGACAUUAAACACAGAAAAAAUACUUAACACCUUCUCA